AUGUUUUACUCCGGCGUCCUGGCAGAGCCGAGCAGGAAGGACGCGGAGCUCCGGGAAGCGGCGUCCCUGCGGCAGCAGAGGAGGGUGAAGCAGGCGGCGCGGUUCCUGCACAAGGACUCCGCGGAUCUCCUCCCUCUGGACGGGCUGAAGAAGCUGGGCACGUCCAAGGACACCCAACCGCAUAAUAUCCUGCAGAGACGCCUAAUGGAAGCGAAUUUAUCAAAACUGCGAAGCAGCCGAGGCACCUGGGCCCCCAGGAACGACAUCCCCUGUAAGCCGAAUCAGACCAAACUGGGCAGCUCCAAGAGGACGGAGGAAGAGGAGCUCAUAGCGGUGAGCUGCCAGUGCGCCGGCAAGGAGCUGAAGGCCGUGGUGGACACCGGCUCGCGGUACAACCUCAUCUCGUCCGCCUGCCUCGACCGGCUGGGGUUAACGGAGCAUCUCAAGGUGUUCGGCGACGACGAGGAGAGCAUCUCGUUGCCGCACAACGCGCGGGCGAUCGGCCAGGUCGACCGGCUGGUCCUGGCAGUGGGAGCCGUCCCCGUGGAGUGCGCCGCCCUCGUCGUGGAAGACAGUGAGAAACCCUUCUCCUUUGGGCUGCAGACGCUGAAGUCUCUGAAGUGUAUCAUCAACAUGGAGAAGCACCAUCUCGUCCUGGGGCAGGCCGACAGGGAAGAAAUCCCUUUUGUGGAGGGUGAAGUGGCUGCGGAGGACGAGCGCACUUUGGAGGCAUAAGGAGAAACUGAAACGCCCCCACACGAGAGCUCGACAUCAAAGACCCUCUGUGCAGCUGUUCAAGAUGAAACAGCAACAUGCUGCUUUGGAAACAUUUAUACUAGGCUACGGCUUGAGUUUAGCUAUAUGAAAUCCUGUUCAGUAGCCAAUAACUUAGAGAUAUUGUCAUGUUUAUCUAUGAGUUUUGAGAAACAAAUGUGUGCUUAUUUUCUGGACUUUUCUAUAUAGUGCCCUCUUUACUAUGAACAGUCAGACAAACCUUAUGAAUUUCUUCUGAUGAGAAAAAUACUUUUUAUAGUGGCCUCCUAUGAGUAAUUGUAUUCAGCUGUGAUCAGAGGCUAUCAGAAAGAGAUUUUUAUUAAUGAUUUUUUCCAGAGACUAAGAAUUUAUAUUCGCUUAAUUGAUGUUGCCACAUUCAAAAUGGCCAUUACCAGGCAGUCGCUCUUAGUAACAUAACAACGCUAAUGCCACCCGCGGGCUGUGGUUCGUCCUGUUGGCCAUAGUAUCGUUGCCGUAUACUUGGGGCUGCAGUUGCUGCCUCGAGGAAGAGGAGCAAUUACAGUGUUAUUCAGGGCUGAGGUUUGUCCUCGGUGGCACAGAAGCAGCCUCACAGUGGUGGUGGGAGGGCACGGCUGGGACAACGUCGCCGGCUGCACGGGGCAGGCAGGAAAAUUGCCCAUUGGAUUGAGCCAAAAAGACAGAAACGAGCACAAAAUUUUACAAGCUGGAAAGCAGCAGAUGCAGAGCUAUAGUGGUCUAUUGUGAAGCAAAUCUGUGUUUUUAUAUCUAGUUACAAGUCACCUGGGAUCUGUGAGUACCGGACUAACCUUGUCACCCUCAGAAUACAUGGACUUUUCACCAGGACCAGCGUUUUCUUCUGCAUUUCCACCCUGCAGCAGCAGGUUAACACUUUGCCGCUGCACCCUUGCAGACCAGAGCAAUGCACUGUGCUGCCUCGAGGAGCCUGGCCUGGGGUAAAGGCAACUUUCUGGGCUCUUGAAAACUAAUGGGAAUUAAUUCCCGACAACCACAACAGAGGUAUCUUUAAAAUUCAGAGUAAUAGCCUUCUGGUGUGUGGCACAUGUUGAAGGGGGACAGCAACUCCCGCCGGGUGGGUUUGCAAGGGGCCCGUUCAGUGUGGCACAGCCAGCAGCACUAACCUUGCGGCUGUUGCUUAGCAAAAGCACCUUGCUUCGUCCCAGUCUUGGCCAGUAGUAUCUUCAGCCAUCUCAUGCCCCCAGCGGCAUCACAGCUGGAGCUUCAUCUCCUGCAGUGGAUUUGAACCUUUUUUCAAUACUGGGUAUUACUAGUAGAUCUGGAGUAUCCGUGUUUUGAGCUAUUUUCUAUUUUGGUGAUACAUUUCAGUGCUUUCUCUACAUAUAGUAUUUUAUAUAUCAUAGCUAUACACAUACAUAUAAAUAUAAAUAUAUAUAUGCACACACACAUAUAUAAGGUUGGGCUGCCUAGGGCAUCCCAUCAAUUUGUUGUAGAAAUAUUUCACUAAAUAUGAAAUAUAUUUGAUUAUUUUAUAUGCUAUGGGUUUGGUAUUUUGGCACUUCAUUCUUUCUGUGCUUAUUAUUGU